CGAAAUGUGCAAGGUCGUAUACAUGAGUUACGUGAAAGUUGGAAUGCUUUUCGUAACGGAUCCUUGAAAAUCCAAAUCAUCUGAUCGAGCUGACGAUACAAAGCUGAGAAAUGUGGAAGGUGGUGCCACAUCUUCGGGCAGAUCAAACCAGCCGCAUUGUUCUGGUAAUAAUGUAUCUGAAAGAGGGGCUUGAUGAUGUAGUCAAAGCAUGGAAAAUGUUGGAUGCAGCCAAGUCAAUGGAACAGGUUCAUGGGAAAACCAGCAUUGUUCUUAAGUCCUCGAAAGAUAAUUUAAGCAAAGUAAAAUUACCCCAGUCGGAAAAGCUAAACCAAGUUCUAGCCUUCUGGUAUGAAGUAGCAAACCUCUUCGGGCCAAGGAUCUUGUGAAAAAUAGAUCACGAAAGCAUAACUGAUGCUAUUCUUCUGUACAAGGAACGGUUUGUCGUAAACCUCAGAUAGAUGUAGAGGCACAGUAUUAUUACUCUGAAGAGGAUUUUGAAAUUCAACGAGAUUUCUCCAAUCUCUCAAUCACCGGGAGACCAUAUCCACGUGUCAGUUCUAGAUAAUGUUUGCCAUGGAAAUGUAGGGAAGCCAGCAGAAGGAAGAUUAUGCGCACAACCAGCGGAUGGUUUACAUGAGCUUGACGGAUCUGUUUGAUUGGUUUCUCCAGCUGGGCCAAUGACUUCAGGUUCUAACUCAACUUCUGCCAAACUGGAAGUGUCUUCGUCCUCCUAUAUGGGACUUCCAAAUGAAAAGGCUAGAAUGGAAAAAAGUUGUGCUGGAAGCAAGUCUAUACAAGAAGAUGAUGCCAAGAGUGCGAUUCAGUCUCUUGUCAAGCUCAAUCUGAAGCUUCUGACCAGAGAUACACCAAUAGGAGUGGAUGCAUUUAAGGGAAUGGCAAGACUUUCUACUCACUCCUUCUUAGCCGCAUGUGGUUUAGAAUGGCCAAAACCUGGUGUUCGUUCCUUUCCGAGCUCUGUAUGUUGCCAUGGUAAUCAAGUUGAAGUUCAACAACUCCGUAGAAUGUCCACAGUAAUGCCUAGCUCUUGCAGAGAAUGUUUUUAUGUCUUUGUCAAGGAUGUCGUUAACGUGGUUAUGAUUGAGAAAAUAGGCCAUGUCAAAACGCCGCAUUGAGGCG